AUGGCCGGUGCAACAACCGAGGCCGCAGCAACAACCACAGCCUGCAACAACCACGGCCGGUGCAACAACCACGGUCGGUGCAACAACCGAGGCUGCAGCAACAACCAAAACCGCAGCAACAAACACAGCCACAGCAAUAACCACGAUCGGUGCAACAACCACAGCUGGUGCAACAACCACAGCCGCAGAAACAACCACAGCCGCAGCAGCAACAACAGCCGGUGCAACAACAACAGCCACAGGAACAACACGUGCAGCAACAACCACAGCCAGUGCAACAACCCUAGCCGGUACAGCAACAACAACAGCUGUUGCAACAACCAUAGCCGGUGCAACAACAACAGCCACAGGAACAACAGGUGCAGCAACAACCACAGCCAGUGCAACAACCCAAGCCGCCAGUGCAACAACAACAGCCACAGGAACAACAGGUGCAGCAACAACAACAGCUGGUGCAACAACAACAGCCACAGGAACAACAGGUGCAGCAACAACCACAGCCAGUGCAACAACCAUAGCCGGUACAACAACAACAGCCGCUCUAACAACCACAGCAGCUGGAGCAACAACAGCCACUCCAACAACCACAGCCAGUGCAACAACCGAGGCCGCAGCAACAACCACAGCCGCAGCAACAAACACAGCCUCAGAAAUAACCAUGAUCGGUGCAACAACCACGGCCGGUGCAACGAACACAGCCGCAGGAACAACCAUGGCCGCUCCAACAACCACAGCCGCAGCAGCAACAACAGCCGGUGCAACAACAACAGCCACAGGAACAACAGGUGCAGCAACAACCACAGGCAGUGCAACAACCCUAGCUGGUGCAACAACAACAGCCGCUCUAACAACCACAGCAGCUGGAGCAACGACAGCUGGUGCACCAACAACAGCCGGUGCAACAACCAUAGCCGGUACAACAACAACAGCCGCUCUAACAACCACAGCAGCUGGAGCAACGACAGCUGGUGCAACAACAACAGCCGCAACAACCAUAGCUGGUGCAACAACCACAACCGCAGCAACAAACACAGCCACAGCAAUAACCACGAUCGGUGCAACAACCACAGCCAGUGCAACAACCAAGGCUGCAGCAACAACCACAACCGCAGCAACAAACACAGCCACAGCAAUAACCACGAUCGGUGCAACAACCACAGCGGGUGCAAAAACCACAGCCGCAGCAGCAACAACAGCCGCAGGAACAACAGGUGCAGCAACAACCACAACCAGUGCAACAACCCUAGCCGGUGCAACAAUCGAGGCCGCAGCAACAACCACAACCGCUCCAACAACCACAGCUGCAGGAACAACAGUCGCAGUAACAACCACAGCUGCAGCAACAAACACAGCCUCAGAAAUAACCAUGAUCGGUGCAACAACCAAGGCCGGUGCAACAACGACAGCUGGUGCAACAACCACAGCAGCAACAACCACAGCAGCAGGAACCACAGCCGCAGGAACAACCACAACCGCUCCAACAACCACAGCCGCAGCAACAACCACAGCUGCUCCAGCUGCUGCCUCCUCUGCAGUCACCAGUAAAACCAGUUUCCUUGUCGUCAUAGCGAUUGUUGCAGCAGUUCUUUGGAAUUAAGAACUGGACCAGAACAAAGGACUAAAGACCACCAACCUUUAGGCACUGUAUAUAUUAUGUAGUACUUUUGAAGAAAAUGAAGUAUAUAUACAUAUAGAUGAGAAUUUAUCAGCAUUAUAUAUAAUUAUUUAUUCUUUAUUUUUAUAUAAACUGAAAAUGAAUAUAUCAUUAAUUUAUUAUCACAGAUGUUGAUGUCAUGUAUUAAUUAAGCACUGGCAAUAUAUUUUUUCUAGCAUGUCUACAACUUUGACUAAGUGCUGUUAACAUUGACACAGAACCAAAUGAGCCAUAUAGACUGAGCAGACACCACAUGAAAGUUAAUAUGUCUGAUCUAAUCUGUGUAAUCAAAGACAUAAAUAUCCAUGAUCAGCUGUUUUGUGUUUACUGGAUGGAAACGCUGUGCAGCGUGCUGUGAUGAUUGUUCUGUAUCAUGUUAAUGUGCCAUGUGAAGUAUUCAAAGGAUUAAAGUGUGAAAAGCAAAGAA